AGUCCUCGGACAAACGUAGGCUCCUUCCUUUAUCAGCUGGCUUCAGCCCUCAGCCUGACUGAAGAAACAAAACAGGAAGCAAUGUUACUGGAAGGAGAACCAACAACAGCGAGCAUUUUGCAAAGGUAACAUUGAAGCACCGGGGACCAACAUUCGUGAGCUACCCUACUACCAAUAGCCACAAUGGCAAGACCUUCAAAAUGUCGCCUUCGGGCAUUUUUGCUCUUGAUGCCGCCCAUUAUUGGUGUUGCACCUGUUCUUGUUCAAGCUGCGUCUGUCCAAGCAUCCGGAUCUGUUUCCCGCCCCGCAACUACCGUUCAAGCAUCAGGGAUCGCUGCACGCACUGUGAAUAUCCCUGUCAUUGCACCGAUUGCUACAGUUUCUGCAACAAUUGCUCCAACAACCAAGGAACCAACAACGUUUGAGCCAACAAGUCUACCAACCAAUAUGCCCGCAGGAAACACUGCAGAACCAACAUCCCCCCCAACAAACACUCAAACCACUGAAGAGCCAGGCACAUUAGAGCCAACAAGACCGCCUACAAACUUGCCUACAAGAAUAACCGCCGAGCCUACUGUUUCUCCAACUAAUACACAAACCUCAAAGCCGACAAGUCCGCCCACCGGAAACACUGAAGAGCCUACAGUUUCUCCAACAACGAAGGAGCCAGUAACAUUAGAGCCAACAAAUCGACCAACAAAUCUACCCACUGCUAACACAGCAGAGCCUACUAGCCCUCCAACGAUUGCCCCAACCACUCAUGAACCUGUCACAUUAGAGCCAACAAGUCUGCCAACAGGUCUGCCCACAAGCAUCCCUACUCGAAAUACUGCUGAGCCAACAAUUGCAGAGACAACGGAAGCGCCAGUGACAUUGGAGCCAACAAAUCCACCUACCGGUACCACUUCAGAACCUACAGUUUCUCCAACUAUUGCUCCAACCGCAGAAGAGCCGACAAUUCUACCAACUACUAUGCCUACCGGAAACACUGCUGAGCCAACAUCAGAACCAACCGAAUCCACAGCAACAAGCCAAGAAACUACAGUAUUGCAAAAGCGACAAACACAUGGAAUCAUGUCUUUCAUGGACAAGAUCAUGAGCGAAGCCAAGGGUAAUAACAAAAGGCAGCUGUUGCGAAAAACAAAGGACAUCUCAAAAAAAUGAUUGGGAAAACAUCCGUGUGGGAAACGGUUAUUUAGACCAAAUCGUUUCUGCUGGGAACCAAACACUGAAAUGAGCAGCAGGACAGCGUAGCUGCUGGAUCCAAACACUGAUAUGAUCAGCAGGGUAGCGUGGGUGGGCUUUGAAGAGGGAGUGUCGGGGAUGCUGUACCUUGCUGGUGCGAAGGACAGAUAGAUGUCAUUAAAACUCGGCGACCAGGUAGGGAGCAUUGUAUUGGACAGCCACUAAGCAACCAAACAACAUGGCUCCAAUUGAUCUAUUAAGUACCAUUAUCUGGCUUAUUGGUUGCAUUUACUUUGAGUAUAGGGUUGACCAUAAAUGAAUCAUAAGCAGUAUUCAAGGAGCGCUCUUC